AUGCCUCCACGACGUGACACACGCAUGCCGACUAACCAGGCAGAAUUGCAAGGAAUCAUCGCUGCCGCAAUUGCACAAUAUGCUGCUUCUCAAGGAGACUCAAGCGGAAACAUUUCGAACAACAACAACAACCCUUCGAAUGGGUGUACUUUCAAGCAAUUCUUAGAUUGCAAGCCGCAAAACAUUGAUGGCACUGGAGGUGCCGUGGCUUUCACUCGUUGGACAGAAAAGACGGAGACGACAAUAAGAAUGAGCAAAUUGCCGUACAUGGUCACGCCUGAAUUCAAGCACGUGGAACGUUUCAUCUGGGGGUUAGCACCUCAGAUCAUGAGUAUGGUCACAACAUCAAAACCAGCAACCAUUACUGAAGCCAUCGCUUUGAGCAUCUCGCUGACUGAAGAAGCCAUCAGGCUAAACCAGUUUUCAAAGGAUGAUCAGAAAAAGAAAGAGACUCAUGUGGAGUCAUCGGGGGAAAACAAACCGAAGUUUUCCAACUUCAAGCAAGGAACCAGCAGUGGUAGCAAGAGAAGUAAAUCAAACACACCGGCCAGGGCCAAGACUGGUGGUGAAAACAGGGGAAAAGGUUACAUGGGCACUUUGCCCAAGUGUGGUAUAUGUCAGUUCCAUCAUCCCGGCCCAUGCCGACUCAGGAAAUGCGAAUCUUGCGGGAAGAAGGGCCAUUCGAAGGAGACGUGUUGGGCUGGAUCAGGCCAAGGUCGUCAAAGGGGUUACAAUAACAACAACCGUGGUAAUGGAAAUAGGCCGCAAGGAAAUAAUGGGGGAAACGGAAAUCGUGGGAAUGCCCUGAAUCAAGCUGGUAACCGGGGAACAAACGGAAAUCGAAAUGGAAAUGGUUUCGCUUGA